AUGUUCCCUCGUUGCCGUCUCCGUUUGCGUUCACCCCUAGAUUCCACUUUCGUGAAACCACCCUCCUCUUUGCCGUCGAUCCUGCUCAAGGGGGUUGCGGGGGCAGCAUUUGCGCGAUUUACCGUGGUCCUAGUGGACUCACUACGCUGUGUACCGCUGCAAGAGGGCGCCUCGUCAUCAUCGCGUGCGUGCUCCUCAAAGAGUGCUCGCUCAUCAGGCGACAGGGCAUCCAGGAACCUAUACUUCUUCCUAGUUCCUGGGCCACUCUUGCCUGCGAGCAACGGAAAACGGUCUUUGUUAAUUGACCACCACUGCAGAACAUCAAAAUCCUCACUGUGUUCGAAAGCAAACAGCUACCUCUUCGACCUUUCUCGCUUCCUCACCGCACGAAACCUCCAACUUUCACCCACCAAAUCCUGGACGAAGGAGUACAGAUUUGAACUUAAUAUUGCAGUCGAUGGCGUCAAAACUCCGACUGUCAAUAACCCUAAGAUUUUAGGCGUAACCCUCGAUAGUCUGUGCUCCUUCUCUCCCCACACGACCGCGAUUAUCGCCAAGGUACAGAGCCGCAACAAAAUCCUCAAGUCGCUUACCGGCAGCACAUGGGGAAAAGACAAAGAAACGUUGCUGGCAACAUACAAGGCGAUCGGCCGGCUGGUCCUCAACUAUGCAGCACCAAUAUGGUCGCCUGGAUGCAGUGGUACGCAGAUGAGGAAGCUCCAGACCUGUCAAAAUACAGCACUCCGGACCACGACGGGAUGCCUCUUGAAGUCUUCCAUUGAACCCCUCCACAGUGAGACACGUAUGCUACCGGUAAAGGAGCAUAACCUACUCCUCUCCAGACAGUUCCUGCUGGGUUGUUUCCGUAGGAAUCACCCUUGCAGCCACCUGCUUGGAGCAGAACCGCCUCCCAGGAGCAUCAAGAGGUCAUUCCUCGACUAUGUCGAUGACAUUGAACAGUACGCCGACCAGACUUCGGACGCAACAAACUUUCGACAGGCACUGACACACUUCACAGUGGAGCCAUCAACACCUUCACCGACUCCCUUCCCGUGAAUGGCGUUCUUGGAGUCAAACCACCACCUAUUGCAGACGAAGAGCUCCAGUUGACGCGAGAAACGCGAGUGACCCUAGCGCAACUUCGUUCUGGAUACUGUAGCAGGUUAAACUCCUACUUAUCCAGAAUCGACCCCGACAUACCCAAUGUAUGUCCUGCAUGCAACGAGUCCUCGCAUGACACUGGCCACCUCCUUGCAUGCCCCACAAACCCUACCCAUCUAACUCCUUCCUCCCUUUGGUCCGACCCCGUCGAAACAGCACGUUUCCUGGGCCUACCGUUAGAUGACCUCGACGACAACACAAACAACCCUUACCAUCCUAACGGGGAUUAGCUAACCGUUAACAACAACAGCAACAUCAAAAUCCUCACUUAAGCUUUAUUAACAUUUUUAUACGAAUUUCAUCUUGAAUAUAGGAUAUAAUGUUAGUGCUCUGAAUAGGUUGGGAAUAAUCUGCAAAAAUAUCUAAUUCCUGUGCGGUUUAAUUAAUUUUUCAAUAUCAUCAUUUUGGCUAUUUAUAUGUAUUAAUAGCUAUCAUCAUUUCCUCAAUGUCUUUGACAACCUGUUCCUUAUCUAAUUCUGUGAAUUUUGUCAAUUUAUUUGUGGGUGGAAAUAAAAAUAGGGCAAUGUUAUGAAAUUUUUUUAAAUUGGCAUGCACUAUGGAAUCUAAAUAUUUUAGAAGUGAAAACUUGCAUUUUUGUACAAUUUCGAUGUCAUUGUCUUUCGGAGUGGCUAUUUUAUUUAGGUUAUUAAUGUGUGGAAUAGUCAAAUGCAAUGUUAGAUAAUUGCUACCCUCCAGCUUUUUCGAACAAGCUUCAAAAGGAGCAAGAAGUUUUACCAGUACGCUAAUGUUAUUUAAAUUAAUAUCUUGAAUUCUAGAUAUUUCUUUUUUUCCAUCAAAAUCUGGGAAAUUUCCAACCAGUUUAACUCAACCGACUUAAGUAGGUUAAAAAUCGUAUUCCAACGAGUUCGACAGUAGCUUUCUUGUGCGUUCAUUGCAUGAGCGUCGUUUUCUCUACCAUCCAUGUUUACGCACGUGUUGAAUAAUACUGAACUCAUCUGCACAGUUGUAUAAUAGCACAGGCAAACUGUCCUUAUAAUUUCGCUUAAUGUACAGCGUAGAAAAAUUUAGUACUCACUCACGAAGAUACAGUCAUGUACUGUUCUCACUAUAAGUGAGAACAAUAAAAAUACUGUGCUACCUAUGUACUUCUGCACAAAGAGGUAUACUGUACAGCAAAGAAUGAGUGCAGUAUUUUUAAGAACACUACACUACUGUACAGGUCUGUUAAGCUAGAUAUGGGUACAUUCAUGCAGAAGUCUAUUACAAACGCUAUAAUUAUACACAUAGUGAUGACAAAGGUCGACUCUACGAUCCGAUCCAAAUGGGAGGAACAGCUGGAUUGUCACAAGCUGCCACUGUGGAAGGACUUUGAAGCCACCCUAAAUCGAAGAUACCAGCAGCUAUCAGCGGAAGAAGCAUCAAAUUCAAGAACGAAGCCCAUACCAACAAGCAGUGCGAGUCAUGGGAAACAACAACACAUGGACAGGACCAAAUCGGCGCUAGUUGCAGCAAAAACGAGGCAGUCUCUUUGUCAGCAGUGCAAAUCUAAGAACCACCAUUUGACUGCCUGCCCCCCUUUCAAGGCGCUACCGGUGCAGCAGCGGUUCGAGUUCGUAAAAUCAGUGCCUUUAUGCAUAAUUGUUUGCGUAAGGGGCACACUAUCUCAGAGUACAGAGCGGAUCGAUGUCGUGUGUGCAAUCGAUCGCAUCACACAUUACUGCAACAGUAUCCGUCUUCUUUCCCCGCUCCACCUCAUCCACCACACAUGCCAUCGGGGAUCGGGUAAUCUUGGCAACAACAGUAAUUUUAGUAAGAACCAGCUGAGGAGAUUACCUACCUGCGAAAACGCUGCUGGAAUUGACAAUUCCAAUACAAAAGUGGGGUCAAAACUAAGCGCGUUUAUCAAGUCGCGGUUAAAUACAUAAUUAUGAAUUUUCGAUGGAAUUCUGGGUAAUGCGAUGCAUUUCGGCAAAUUAUCCAGACCAUAACAUCACUGUUAGUGGCUAGAAAAUUCCGCACAAUAUUGAAUUGGCAGAUCCAGAAGUCCACAAAUCUACAAAAGUGGAUAUCCUAUUGGGUGCUGAAACAUUUUUCGAUCUUUUAGUUGUUGGCCAAAUUAGAAAUGGUCCUAACCAACCAACUUUUCAGAAAACCCUUUUAGAAAGGAUUGCAUCUGGCAAAUACGCCAGCAAUUUAAGUUCUCUUCCCAAUUAUAUAGCACAUUAUGCCAAGCUGAAGAAGACUUUACGUCAAUAGAUUCAGUUGUCCAAAAAUUUUGGGGUCUAGAAGAAUUACUUGCAGAUUCAAAUGGCAUUAAAUUCACACAACAAUUUUUCGUAAAUACAAUUCAAGUAUUGCCUCCAGAAUGGCUUCAAGUCAGAAUGCCAUUUAAAGCUGACCGUAAGUCUCGGUCACUCCUAUGAAACCGCAGUUCGGCGGUUUCAGGCCCUGGAGAGAAGCACAUUAAAAGAUCCAGAACUUCGUAAAAUGUAUCUGGACUUUAUGAAUGAAUAUAGAGCACGGGGUCACAUGAGCCCAACGAACAAUAAGAACCCGAGUGAGUCACACUACUUUAUUCCGCAUCAAUGCGUUUUAAGGCUCGAGAGCACAACAACCAAAUUACGCGUUGUCUUUGAUGCUUCGAGUCGAUCCUCAAUUCAAAUAGCGUUAAAUGAACUUUUGAUGAUGGGUCCAACCAUCCAAGAAGAGUCAUACUUAACUCUUCUUCGUUUACAUAAAUAUGCACUAACACCGGUCAUUACUCAAAUGUAUCGCCAAAUAAUUAUGCACGAAGAAAACAGAAAUUUUCAACUUGUUGUGUGGAGAGAGCAUCCUUCUGAGAAAAUACAAAUUUUUCGUUCUUAACUCCGUAGCAUACGGCACUGUGCCUGCUCCAUUUCUCGCAACACGGUGUUUGCAAAUGCUCAGUGAUGAUUACAGUGAAAUAUCCACUCGGUUCAUUGGUCAUUAAAAGAGACUUUUAUGUUGAUGAUUUAUUAUCAGGGUCCGAAAAUUUUGAGUCCUUAGUCCUUAGCGAAGUGAGGUAAUUAAAAUAUUAAACCCGGGCGGAUUCACCUUAACGAAAUGGUUUUUAUUGGUCAUUAAGCUUCAAUGAAAAAAAUUCCACUAAAAGGUUAGGAAUCCAUUGGUUGCCGAAAGAGGAUUUGUUUCGAUUUGUUUUAGAUGACAAUUCUGCGAGCUACUAAACGAAGCAUACUAUCAGUUUCUGCUCGCCUUUUUGAUUCUCUUGGAUCAAUAGUCCCACUAAUUACCGAAGCAAAAACUAUAUUGGGAUGAGUCCAUUGCGCCUUGACACAAGCUGGUAGAACUUUAAAGCCAACCUAAUGCAGCUCUCAUCGAUAAUCAUGACUUCCGGUUUUAGACCAAGUAUCCUCUGGGUAGCCUAAGAACAUCCAUUCGAAGGCGAGCUAGAGUGAGAAAGCGAAAGAUCCCCUAAACAGGGUUGUGCGCUGGGUUUGAGACCCGCCACGUAAGAAACGCCCCCAAUGAAAAGAUUAAAUGUAUGCUGCUUACUUCAAAGUCUACGAGUGGCUCCGCUGUAGACCAAUCUCUUCUGCAUUUCGAAAAAAUUACAUUUUGGACAGACUCUGAAAUCAUUUUACAUUGUAUUAAAACACAUCCAUCUUCACUACAAAUCUUCGUCGCAAAUAUAGUGUCAGAAAUCCAAGAGUUGACUAACAAAGUGAACAAAAGAAACAAAAUCCUGCGGAUAAAUUGUAUCGCGGUUGUAAACCCUGCAUUCUUCUUCUUCUUUACCGGACACCGCUUACGCGUUUAUAACCAAGUUAACAACAGCGCGCCAGUCGUUUCUUCUUUUCGCUACGUGGCGCCAAUUGGAUAUUCCAUUUGGUCUUUCCAACGGAGUGGAGGUCUUCCUCUUCCUGUGCUUCCCCCAACGGAUACUACGUCGAAUACUUUCUGAGCUGGAGUGUUUUAGUCCAUUCGGACAACAUGACCUAGCCAGCGUAGCCGCUGUCAUUUAAUUCGAUGAACUAUAUCAAUGUCGUCGUAUAUCUCGUACAGCUCAUCGUUCCAUCGAAUGCGAUAUUCGCCGUGGCCA